GGUCCAGUGAGGCGCCCUGCGCGGAAAAGGCAGUUGGCCGCUCGCAUCUCCUCUCGUUUGAACAUGGUGCGGACUAAAGCGGACAGUGUCCCGGGCAGCUACAGAAAAGUGGUGGCUUCUCGAGCCCCCAGGAAAGUGCUUGGUUCCUCCACCUCUGCCACUAAUUCCACGUCGCCUUCGUCCAGGAAAGCUGAAAAUAAGUAUGCAAGAGGGAAUCCAGUUUGUGUGCGCCCAACUCCCAAAUGGCAAAAAGGAAUUGGAGAAUUCUUCAGACUGUCCCCUAAAGAUUCUGAGAAAGAGAAUCGGAUUCCUGAAGAGGCAGGAAGCAGUGGCUUAGGAAAAGGAAAGAGAAAAGUACGUCCUUUGCCACCUGAUGACGCAGAUGAUGAAAAAGAAUAGAACUUUUUUAUUCAUCUUUAACUAAUGUCUCCUGUUUACUCUGGUAUUCUAGGAUGUAAAUUUGCAUAAAUGUAUUUGUUCCAGUUAGCUUUGUUGACUAGGCAUUCAAUUAAAAAAAAAUGAGGGUUACGUAGUUAUUCAAAAGCAAGUAGUUAUGAUAUUGGAAGGUUUAUGAGAUAAUUAUGGUUACUUACCUUAGUAUUCAGUGUUUGGUUUCUUUUACUUGUUAUUAAGAUUCUUGUUCUUGCUAAAAAGAAAUCAUUGCAUGUAUACAACAAAUCUGUAUUUGAGAUUUGCUUAGAUCUUUGUACUGCUGCCAUUUUUAUUGGCAUUAGAUUUUUGGGGAUGGUGCCAUAUUUUCACUGCUUUUAUUUGAUUUAAAAAGCAGAGUUAUAUUUCUGCACAUUUAAAAAAAUCAGUAUUAAUUAAACUGCACCUAUAUCCUUUUUAAGAAUUAGGGCCAAAGAUACAAUGUUGAAAAAAUUUGAUGGCUGUCUUCUUAGAAAAAUGUAAGGGCAAUUUGAUCCUGAGGGUUUCAGGCAGAAAGAUUUCAUAGACUAUAUUAAAAGAGAAGAUUUUUCUUAGAAUAUGCAUUUGAUUUGGUAUGAUAAAAUAUUACCCUCUGGAAAGCAAUGAAACAUGAAAGGCAAAUCAUGCCAUAAACCCAGAGCUCUCUAAAGUUCUUAGAGCUACCAUUAUGUUUUUCAAGACAACGGAGGUAUAAUUGAAGAGGUGGGUAUAAUAUUAAUUAGUAACAGUAAUUCUUGCUUCCUUGUCACACUUUUUUGCUUACUGACAUCUGUUGUCAAAAUUAACCAUGUUUUAACAGAUAUGUUUGCCUGAAGUUUGUUUUUAAUAAAUGCUUAUUUUCACAAUAGAUUAUAUCCAUUUGUGUGCUUCCGAAGAUUACAUUCUACUAGAUUCUUCUGUUUUAUUGCUUCCAAAUACAAAUCAGUGCUUUGAUCUGAUUUUAUCACCUUCCAAAUUGAGUCCUGAUUACUCUAGAUUACAUUUUUUGCUUUGUCUUUUAGAGGUCGAUAUUAAGCAGAAUGUUACUAAUUGCGAGUAGAGUUUUAUCCUAAGCACUUCCUAGAUAAUUAGACUUAUUAAGAAGUAGUUCAAAUAUAUACUCUGUUAAAAUCAAGUUUUGAUGGGCCUGAAACCUGAUUUGUUAUUUUUCACUGAUGGAGAGAGAAACUUUUUUGGUGGUAGGUCCCAUGAAGUAUAAUUUUGAUAUGUAAUUGUUUCUAAAAAAAAAUUUGAUCUAAUGAAACUACAGUCUUCUCCAAUAUACAUUUGAUGAUGUCUUACUUUUAUUAGGUAGAAUUGUCCCAUAUAAUGUUUUUUUGUCAAAGCUUUAUGAAAAUGUAGAUUGGCAAUUUAGCCUCUUCUAAACAUAAGGGAAGUAUAGACUCUUUCUAUUGAAACUGAAUAAAAAAAUAAAACUUAACACAUUAAAAAGAUACUUAAAUUAAGUAAUUUUGUACCCUUCUUCACAAAGCUAAUCUGAGUCUCCCCUUUGAUUGGAUUAUUCAAAUUGUUAAUGCUAGUGUUAAAUACCUGGCCAAACAAUGAAUAAAACUGCUUUUCUGGAA